AUGUUGAGAAAAGAGGAUCACUUUCUAGGAUUUGGUCCAGAUGAUGACGUUAAAACUCGCAGCCCCACAAAAUCUCCCUCAGAUCAGUCAACCCCAAGAAAACCACGUGGCAGGCCCCGUAGCAGUUUAUCCAGGAGCUCUGAUGCUUCCUCAACUCCUGCAGAUAACCAUAGCCCUGUGACAAAUAAACAGGAUCUCAGGCCAGCAGAUAAAGCAAAGAAACCAGAGAGUAAACCAGAAGAGAAGAGAAGGGGAAGACCGCCCGCACAGGGCAGUGUCAAAUUCAAGAUGACCCAGGACAAACGUGAGGUAUCGGAACCCGUAAAGACAUCUCGAGAAGAUAAAACUAAGCGGAGAAAGCAGUCUGCUGCGUUCCAGCAUGCUACCAAAAUAAAGAAACUCAGAACAGUCAUACUGUCUCCAAUAAAACCCAAGUUCAAAGGGGAAAAACUGCAAAUUGGACGGAAAGCCGCUGUUCAGAUUGUCAAAAGGCGUGGUAGACCUCCGUCCUCGGAAAGGUUCAAGCCAACCCCACCUGGAAUCAUGUUAAAACAGUCACAAGGGGAUAAAUCACAAAGGGGUCGUAAAGAGGAAUCCCCUCAACUCUUAAAAGAUGAAGCCAGAGUUUCUGUGCGACAAAGUCCACGUAGAAUUAAACCUGUCAGGAUCAUUCCCACCUCCAAAAGGACUGAUACAACCAUUGCCAAGCAGCUUCUGCAAAAGGCCAAGAAAGGUGCCCAGAAGAAGAUGGAGCUAGAAGCAGCUAAACUGCAAGGACGUAAAGGAGGCACACAGCUGAAGAAUAUACGACAAUUUAUUAUGCCGGUUGUUAGUACGGUCUCUUCCCGAAUUAUAAAGACACCUAGGAGGUUUAUCGAAGAUGAAGAUUAUGAGCCCCCAAUCAAGAUUGCUCGACUCGAGACUGCUCCGAUCGGACGUUUUAGUGCGGCAUCUUGUGAGUCUAGUGAGAAGUCGAGCGCAGCUUCCCAACAGUCCUCCCAGGCUACAUCAGAUGAGUCCCGAUCUAGCAGCCCUAGUGUAGACACCUCAACAGAGUCUCAGGCUUCAGAGGAGACACCUGCUGUAACAGACCCUCAAGAAUGUCUAACAGAGAUGCCCGUAGCUACUCCUCAGUCAGUUCCAGAAAACAGUCGAGGUGGAGCAAGGAGUCGUCGGAUGUCUAAUUGUAACAGAAGUUUUAAUUCUAGACAGACUAAGAAGAUUUCUCCACCUCUUCAGCAGUCCUCUGCAUCACCACCACUUCUGAGUCCUCCUGCACCUCUUCAGCCCCCCUCUUCCCUUUCUGAGCACUCAACCUGGGUCAUUCCUCCUAAUAUUCCUCUACAUCCACCCUUCCUUUCUGCUUCACGCAUGCAUGAGAAGAGAAGGUCAAUUCUAAGGGAACCAACUUUCCGCUGGACCUCCAGACCAGAAUCUCAGUACUUCUCCUCUGCUAAAUAUGCCAAAGAAGGCCUCAUUCGAAAACCCAUAUUUGACAAUUUCAGGUCUCCACCGCUGACAGCGGAGGAUGUAGGACUUGCUUCUGCUUCCGGAUUUAGCUCUGCUAAUGUAGCUCCUGGAAGACUGUUUUCUCAAUUACAUGCCGCGGGGAGGUUCGAUGUACCUAAACGAAGCCCCAUACUGCGUGCACCCAGAUUUACCCCCAGUGAAGCACACUCCCGUAUAUUUGAGUCAGUGACUCUUCCGUCAUCUGUGGGGCGUUCUGGUGGGGCGUCUUCCAUUAUUGGAAUGGCCUCCCGUAGAAGGAAGAGGAGAGUCUUCAGUCCCAUCCGCAGUUCGGUGUCAAGAUCACCAUCUCACUCCAUGAGAACAAGGAGUAGGAGAGAAAGUAGUGGCAACGUGGCAGCAUCCCUCAUACCUCAGUCGUCCACCUCACUUGCAGGCAUCUCUGUCAGUCCUCUCACCGCCAGUGCCUUAAACCCAAGCUUUCAUUUCUCUUCCACGUCGACUACUCCAGCACCUGGGGAUUCUGCUGAAAAAGGUCAGAAACCAAGGAAGCAAGCCAGCACUCCAGGUGAGCACUUCUCAUCCUCUUCCAACAGCUCGGCCGCUCUGUUCCCUUUGUUCCCUUCUAGUCCCCAGAUGGAUAGAGGACGGAAUAAAGGAAGGAUAUCUGACGAGGCGCCUAAAGAAAGGGAAACUGAAAGAUGUAGAGAAAAGGAGCGAGAGAAGGAAAACUCUCAUGACUCAAGAAAGGAUAAACGUAAGAAGGGUUCAGAUGCUGCCAAAAAAAGCAGUAAAGAGAAGAGCGACGGUGAGGCCCUCACCCCUGCAACACCAAUAAAACUCCUUUCAAGGAAGAGGACAGUGAUGGCAGAGCCCUCUUUAGCGACAAGUCUACCGGCCUUACCUGCAGUACCAGUUCCGGCUAAGAAUAAGGUAUCCAAGAAAGGCCGUGGGAUUUCUGAGAAGCACGAUUUGGAAACUGGUGCCAAAUCUCCACCGACAGAGCCCCACACAGCUGUCCCAGUCCAACCUGUAAAUCCUGUCAAAAGCUCUACAACCACCAUUGGCUCCAUGUUGGACAAAUUUCUUGCCUCAAAAAAGCAUGUGGCCAGUCUCUUAAGAACAGCCAAGUGUCAGCUGCAAAACAUAGAGAAAAGUAAACUGCGGAAACCAGGAGAACAACCAAAAGCACAGGGCCAGGAGAGUGAUUCAUCUGAGACUUCUGUGCGUGGGCCUAGGAUCAAGCAUGUCUGCCGAAGAGCUGCUGUGGCGCUGGGACGUAAGAGGGCAGUAUUUCCAGACGACAUGCCCACACUGAGUGCCUUACCUUGGGAAGAGAGAGAGAAGGUUCUGUCUUCCAUGGGGAAUGAUGACAAGUCCUCUAUAGCUGGCUCUGAGGAUGCCGAUCCACCAGCUCCACCCCUCAAACCCAUUAAACAAGUCACUCGCAAUAAGGCUCCACAGGAACCUCCUGUAAAGAAGGGCAGGCGGUCGCGUCGCUGCGGCCAGUGUUCAGGCUGCCAGGUGCCUGAUGACUGCGGCGUGUGCACGAAUUGCCUUGACAAGCCAAAAUUCGGAGGACGCAACAUCAAAAAACAGUGCUGCAAGAUGAGAAAGUGCCAGAAUUUGCAAUGGAUGCCCUCUAAAGCUUUUUUGCAGAAGCAAGCAAAGGCGGCAAAAAGGAAAGAAAAGAAAACCAGAAUGGCUGAAAAGGAGGGUGCUACUGUGAAGCCUACCCAAGAACCCGUUCCCAAGACUGUUGUAGCACCGAUAACCAUUGCCACAUCGCCUGUCAGAGAGGAGGCUCCACUUACUCCUCCCCCGCCACCAAAAAAGAGUGAUCCUCCUAAGAAGGUUGUAGAGGAGAAACCUGAGGAGGAGAGCCCACCUGCACUAACCGAUGAGGUUAAACAGCCUCCUACUGUACGAAAAGUCAGCAAGCAGCUUCACCCGCAGCCUCCGGUCACUCAAAUCCCACGCCAAACUAGUCCGCCACCAACACCCUCUCGCAAAGAAGUCCCCAGACCUGCCUCUUUGGAGCCCAGGAAGAAACAGCCUUUUGUCCUUCCGGAGACCGGUUCUGAGCAAAACAAGCAGAAGAAACUCUCUUCCAGACUAGGGGUGUUACCGAGAUCCAGAUCCAAGGAGAAGGAGAAACCACUAGCUCCCAGCAAGCCAGAUGUGAAUUUUAACCUUCUGAACACCCUGUGUAAUGGCAACAGCUCCAGACAGAAACCUCCAUCUGAUGGCGUGCAUAGGAUCCGUGUAGAUUUUAAGGAGGAUUGUGAAAUGGGAAAUGUAUGGGAGAUGGGUGGUUUAAGCAUCCUUACCACCGUGCCGAUCCCCCCACGUGUCGUUUGCUUCCUUUGUGCCAGCAGUGGAAAUGUUGAAUUUGUGUUCUGCCAAGUGUGUUGUGAGCCUUUUCACCGUUUCUGCUUGGAAGAAAAGGAGAGACCGUCUGAGGACCAACUGGAAAAUUGGUGUUGCCGAAACUGCAAGUUUUGUCACGUGUGUGGCAGACAACAGCAGGUUAAUAAGCAUCUACUGGAGUGUAACAAGUGCCGCAACAGCUAUCACCCAGAGUGCCUGGGACCAAAUUACCCCACAAAGCCUACAAAGAAGAAGAGAGUCUGGAUCUGCACUAAAUGUGUCCGAUGUAAGAGUUGCGGGUCCACCACACCUGGUAAAGGCUGGGAUGCACAGUGGUCGCAUGAUUUCUCAUUGUGCCAUGACUGUUCCAAACUCUACUCUAAAGGGAACUACUGCCCCCUGUGUAAUAAGUGCUAUGAUGACGAUGAUUACGAGAGUAAGAUGAUGCAGUGCGGAAAGUGUGAUCGAUGGGUCCAUUCCAAAUGUGAAAGUCUGACUGAUGAAAUGUAUGAGAUCCUAUCAAAUUUGCCGGAGAGCGUGGCGUAUACGUGUGUGAAAUGCACUGAUCACCACCCCGCAGAGUGGAGGUUGGCACUGACCAAGGAGUUACAGGCUUCUCUUAAACACGUACUAACCGCUCUGCUGAAUUCUCGCACGUCUAGCCAUCUUCUGCGUUACAGACAGUCAGCAAAACCUCCUGACUUAAACCCGGAGCCGGAAGAGAACAUGCCUUCCCGAAGCUCUCCGGAGGGUCCCGAUCCUCCUGUUCUUAUACAAGUUGGCAAGCAAGAGGAUCCAGCUCCUCUUGACCUUGACGGGGUGAAGAAGAAGAUGGAUGUUGGAAGGUACACUUCUGUGUUGGAGAUGAGUGAUGACAUUGUGAGGAUCAUCCAGGCAGCUAUGAAUGCAGAUGGAGGUCAGCCAGAGCUGAAGAAGGCCAAUAGCAUGGUGAAAUCCUUUUUCACAAAGCAAAUGGAGCGUGUUUUCCCGUGGUUCAGCGUAAAGAAGUCCAGAUUUUGGGAACCAAAUAAGGUUGCUAGCAACAGCAGCAUGUUACCAAAUGCAGUACUGCCGCCAUCACUGGACCACAACUAUGCGCAGUGGCAGGAGAGGGAGAAUAGCUUGGCUGUCCAGCCUUCACUAAUAAAGAAUAUUAUUCCGGCUCCAAAACCCAAAUCUCCAGGUGAUCCGGAGUCUCCACCACCCACACAUUAUCCUCCACCAACAACAGAUCACAGCAGGGACGAGAAUGCAGACCUGCCGCCUCCGCCUGGUGUGGAGGAUAAUCGACAGUGCGCUCUGUGUCUGAAGUAUGGGGAUGACAAUGCAAAUGAUGCUGGGCGUCUUCUGUACAUUGGUCAAGAUGAGUGGACUCACAUUAACUGUGCUUUGUGGUCAGCAGAGGUGUUUGAGGAGGAUGAUGGUUCUCUCAAAAACGUGCACAUGGCGGUGAUCAGAGGGAAGCAGCUGAGGUGCGAGCACUGCCAGAAGCUGGGUGCCACCGUGGGCUGCUGCCUGACGUCCUGCACGAGUAAUUACCACUUCAUGUGCUCGAGGAUUAAGAAUUGUGUGUUUCUAGAGGAUAAGAAAGUUUACUGCCAGAAACACCGAGAUCUGAUCAAGGGGGAGGUUGUGUCUGAUAAUAACUUUGAGGUUUUUAGAAGAGUGGUUGUGGACUUUGAAGGGAUUAAUUUGCGCAGGAAGUUCCUGAACGGUCUGGAACCAGACAGCAUUCAUAUGAUGAUAGGUUCCAUGACGGUAGAUUGUCUUGGCAUCCUCAGUGACUUAUCAGACUGUGAGGAGAAGCUAUUUCCCAUCGGUUAUCAAUGUUCUCGAGUGUACUGGAGUACGACUGAUGCCCGGAAACGUUGUGUUUAUACAUGUAAAAUCCUGGAAUGUAGGCCUCCUCCCACUGAAACCGAUGUCAACAGCACUGAGCAUCACGAAGAAAACCGCACUAUCGCGCACAGUCCUCCACAUGAUGACAUGCAUGAACCAAGUGCACAGAGAAUAAGGCCUGUAGAUACAAUUAGCCUUCCUUCUCCAGAACCACUUUCUUCAGCUUCCAGCACCUGGGCCACUUCCCGACCGUCUGGUGUGGGUAGGGUCCGCACACACAGAUACUCUUCUAAUCAGCGUUUUCCUGGACCACGUCCACUUCCAUCAGCAGGUAGUCCAGUUGCACAUGAAAUUGUGACUGUUGGAGAUCCUGUCCUCUCCUCUGGGCUUCGUAGCAUAGGUUCACGCAGGCAUAGUUCCUCUUCCAUAUCUCCACAGCCUCCAAAGCAAUGUGUGGUUUCUCCUUCCCAUGCUGAGGGCUCCAGACUUACUGUAUCACAACCGGACACAACAGCCGCACUAGCAGAUCACAGGUCUACCAACAUAGAUUCAGGAGGCAUCCAUUCAAAUUCCGUGAAUCAGAGUAGCUGCCUUUCCAGCAAUGGGCACAGAAUUGCAGGGGCAAAAGUGGAUAAACCAUUAGAAACCAGGAGAGCUGGCUCACUUGAAAUGGUAUCAAAAAUUCCCAAAACUGAUAAAAUGAAAUCUUUAAGUCUGAGGUCUUCUGAUUUUGCUGCUAAUCAAGCUAGCACUAAGGUACCUACUCAGCCACAGGGCAUCUCAAAUCCUGAUUCUAGCACAAGCAGAGCUGGCUCUGUGAAAGAUGGCUCCAAGGCCAAUGCUUGUCAUCAGCACCAAAGGGCAAUAAAGAGAGAAAAUGAUCCAAAUGUGGAUACCAUUCAGGCUGAGAGAACUCUAUCCUCUGAGAACACCCAAGAAACCCAUUUACCUUUGGGUAAUCAUGGUGUUACAGUGACCAAAGAAAGGCGGCCAAAGUCAAAGAAUCAGAUAAUGGAGAGCUCGAAGGAAAAACAUUCCAGUAAAUCCACAACUACUGACAAUGAUCAUGUAUCUGGAGAAUGCAGAAGCCAAGUAGACACUAACGGCAAUCAUCUAAUUUCAGAUACUGGAUGUUUUAAAAUGCAUAGUCAAGGCAGAAACGUAGAUAAGUCUGCCUCCAGCACUGAAAGUCCAAUGGUUGAUGCAUCUAUGGUGAGCCCAUGUAAAGCAAUAAAGCCAAAAAUGGCGGCAGAAAACACAAGUGACAUAAAGAUGGACCAACAAACAGGGUCACCCCCUGAGCUGACUGAGGUAACUAAAUUGCAAGACAGUCCUGAAGAUACUGAUGAUAGUGUCACCAACCACAGAAGCCCAAACACAGACUCCGAGCCACAAGCUGCCAAUGCUUACCCUGCUCAGGACUCCAGUGUACUUCUCCAAGAUGGAAGCAAAGCUCAGGAAGAUAGCUCGUACAAAAGACGAUAUCCAAGGAGAAGUGCCAGAGCACGUUCUAAUAUGUUCUUUGGAUUAACGCCUCUGUACGGUGUACGUUCCUACGGUGAGGAGGAUCUCCCCUUUUGCAGCAGCACUCCAGGAAAGAAACGAGGAAAAAGAUCAGCUGAGGGUCAAGUAGAUGGUGCAGAUGACCUCAGUUCUUCUGAAGAUGAUGACUUGUAUUAUUAUAACUUUUCUAGAACGGUAGUAUCUGCUGCUACGGAUGACAGACUAGGUGUACGCAACCUGUUUAGAGAUGAUGACCGAAAUCUUCACAGAAUCCCCCAACUUGAUGGAGUAGAUGACGGCACAGAAAGCGAUGCAAGCAUCACUACCACCACUGGAAAAUCUGGACACACAGGAAAGAGAAGCAGUAAACAAAAUGGAGCUGAAAAAUUGGUUGCAUCAAAUGAACCGUUGGAAAAAUCCCAUACAGGAAAAGGCAGCAAGGGCUCAGAUACCAAAAUUGAAAGCUGUCAUCCAGUGAAGCAAGACUCACUGGAGACUCAACUCAGCUUAGACAAUCCACGGCGAAGUCAUGGCGGAGCUGAUAAAACACUGCUGGAUUCCUUUAACACUGAGCUGCUAAAGUCUGACUCUGACAAUAACAACAGUGACGAUUGUGGGAACAUCCUUCCUAUAGACAUUAUGGACUUUGUAUUAAAGAAUACCCCAGCCAUGCAAGCACUAGGAGAAAGCCCUGAGUCCUCUUCAUCGGAGCUGCUUACAUUGGGGGACGGUUUGGGGCUGGAUACUAACCGUGGUAAAGAUAUGGGGUUAUUUGAGGUAUUCUCACAGCAGCUUCCGUCAUCCGAUCCAGGGGAUGGUACUGUUCCUUCUAGUAUGUCUGCCGAAGAGCAGUUUGAACUUCCACUUGAGCUGCCUUCUGAUCUUUCCGUUUUGACCACUCGCAGCCCAUCUCUUCCAAGUCAGAAUCAUAGUAGGCUUGGCGUGAUCCCAGAUUCCCAGAUGUCUGCACCCAGUGACCGUUCCCUUUUAUCUUUACCAACUUCAGACACUGGUGAAAAAAGAGUAUCAGUUACCGAAAAGCCUGUGACAUCUGGUGAGGGAGAUUCAGACCUGUUGGUUCAAAGUGUUGAUCGAACGCCAGAAAGGCACAUGACUCCUGAUCGAUUUAUUACAGGGCACAUGGAAGCUGAGCACAUUUCUAGCCCUUCCUGUGGACAGGUAGACCAUGGAUCGGGUCAAGAGCUAACAAGAAAUAGUAGUACACCAAAUUUGCAAGUGCCAGUGUCUCCCACGGUGCCAAUUCAAAACCAAAAAUAUAUCCCAAGCACCACAGAGAGCCCUGGUCCUUCACAAAUGCAGAACGCUGCCAUACAGAGCACAUCCCCUCACCUCAAAUCUACGACUGAAAAGGUAGUUGUGGUCAAUCAGAACAUGCAGCCUCUUUAUGUCCUACAGACAUUGCCCAAUGGCGUUACACAAAAAAUACAGCUGACACAACCUAUACCUUCUGGCUCAGGUCGUAUGGAUGGGGAUGUACCAGUGCUAAGUUCUAUGGGAGCAGGACUUACAUUAGCCACCACACUCAAUCCUACUCUAACCUCACCUUUUCCAUCUGCCAGCAAGGGGCUCUUACCAAUAUCCCACCACCCACACCUUCAACCCUUUCCAACAACCCCCCAGGCUGCUUUCUUGCCGGGUCUCACUAACCAGCCUCCAGGUCUCCUUAUUGGGGUACAACAAACAGCUGAACCACAACUCCUAGUGUCAGAAACGGGACAAAGGUCAGAUUUGAGUAGUGCAUCUAAUCCUCAGACAUCUGGCAUGGGUAAGAAAAGGCAGAUCUCACGUCUACACAACAAGAAAAACAAAAAACUGGCGCCUUCUGUUGCACCUGCUUUAAGGCAUCCUCCUGAAGUUGUAUCAAAUAUGACACUAAUUAACUUUACUGCCCCACAACUUGCUGGAAGUUUACCAAACCACCCAAGCUUGAUUGACUUAGGCAGCCUAGGAAGUGCUGCCCCCCACCGCAGUAUUCCAAAUAUCAUUAAACGAUCCAAGUCUGGGGUCAUGUACUUUGACCAGACGCCCUUGCUUCCGCAGAAUUUGGGAGCGUCCAACUCUGUAGGGACUACCAGUGUUAUUGGCUUGGAUCAUGGACAUCUCACUAGUCAAGUGCCAGCGAUUGCUACCGGUUCUUCCGUCCUAAAUGUUGUGUCCAUGCAGACAACGGCUACUCCUCCUGUAAGUGGUCACGUGACUCUUACUAGUCAAGGCAUUUUGGGUCCUUCAGAACUUAGUUCUAUUGGCAACUUUCUAAUAAAGACAAGCCCACAGGGAUUGGGCAUUCAAGAUAACCAUGUGGCACUUCCUUCUGGACCUGGGAUUUUUUCUUCGAGUCCUACUGCAGCUACGUUGGGAACAACUUCUAGCAUAUGUGUUGUGCCCACCUCUCAGUCUGUUGGAAUGACUCUUGCCCAUACAGUGAAUGACCAGGACUGUCCUUUCCCAAUUUCUCAUCACAUGAACAGACUGCUCAGCAACAGACCCCCACUCCUACCAGACGCUGGUAGUUCAGAUCACAGAUCACCAACUCACCAGUUACUAUCUGACGCUGAGGGCAAAGCAAUGAAUUCAUCUUCUGGUCCACAGAGAGGAAGUUCCUCAGCAGUCCAGAAAACAAAAAGCAAAGGAAAGCGACAGACUAGCUCCACAGACAAGACAAGCAGGAAGAAACACAAGUCAUCGCACUCUGGCCACGGAUCAACUGGGACACGAGAGCAAGACAACAAGCCGCCUGGUGUUAUUUUAGCAGGCAACUGGAUUGGCUAUCUGCCCUGCAGUUGCUGCCUAGUCCACCCUCUCCAAGUCCAAGCUUUCCUGGGGAUCGGCUGCUAUAUGUUCCGUAUAGAUGAUUCUGAGGUGGUGGAUGCCACUAUGCAUGGCAAUGCUGCUCGCUUCAUCAACCACUCUUGUGAGCCCAACUGUUACUCCCGUGUCAUCCCGAUUGACGGGCAAAAACACAUUGUCAUAUUUGCAAUGCGUAAAAUUUACCGCGGAGAGGAGCUCACCUAUGACUACAAGUUCCCCAUCGAGGAUGCUAGCAACAAGUUAGCGUGCAACUGCGGGACCAAAAAAUGCCGCAAGUUUCUCAACUAAUCGAGGUUUUUCAAACUUUCCAAGAACAGGCUGGGAUGGAGGUCGCUCCCAGUAUGCAGGAAGCAUGCAGCCACGGCUCAGUGGAAACCUUUUCUUCACCUUCUGAAAACAGCAGGCUUCACUUCACUGCUGCGUGGCCAAGAAUACAUCGCACGACUGAAUAACCUAAGUAUAUCCAUAGGAAACAUGCUGUAAUGUAUAACAAGGACCAACCCCUAACCGUGACGACUUACAGCGUAUUACAAGCAUGAGUGUAUCUGUGUACGGCUUCGCUGUCACAUGGCAGUGAUCUAGUAGUUUUAUAUUUUUAAUUUAUUUUUGUACAUGUGUCCAACUUUGCAUGGCACUGUUGGUAAUCAGAAUUGUAAUUUAAUUUUCCAUGUGCUCCGAAAGGGCAAGCGACGCCUUCUUAUCUACCCUAACGCUAGGGUAUAGAAGACCACCGCACAUGAGGUCUGCUGUAGGUUGAAGAACAGAAGACGACGAUUUGUGGGCACCUUCGCGUAGGGAGCCAACUAGAGCGCUGCAGAAAGACGUCCGAGUCUUGUAAGACCGCUUCCGGUUUGUAGUCCUAGAGGACUGACAUGAUAUAGACAUUCGUUUUGACUAUCCUUAGAGAGCCAGAAUCCUGCAUACCUCUCGUCCUUCAUGGAGGUACGUUCCUUCUGAUCGUGAAAGGAAGGGGCUAAUACAGCACUGACUAAAGGAGGCAAAAGUAGAAGGCUCUGCACGUAGACUCUUCUGCAUUGAGGCCUCUUAAGAGGUUCAGGGUCAUGUGGGUUGGGGGGGGCGGAUUCAGAGAUUGUAGUUUUGUGUAAUGACACUCAGGAGCUGCAAUAUCUUAGGGGCAUUAGAUAGCACUGACUUCUGGAAGUAUCAGCUCCAGGAUCUUAUCCUAAAGAAAGAUAAUGUUGGGGGCCCAGAAACUGAAGCCACCAGAAGUUUUUUUUAUUUUAUUAUUUUUUUUAUUUUCUAGCAUAGAUCAACCAUGAUGUUUUAAAGGGAUGAUAUCUUAGGGACAAGCGGCGAUAUCCUGCCGCACCCCCUAAUGACCUUUUAAGAUCGGAUUCUUGCCAAAUUAAAUUAUGCUGAAGAUUAUGAAUCAUGGUAAGACUUAGGAGAAUGGUUUGGAUUGCCCGAAUUGCAGGAAAAAAAAAAAAAUCUAUUUAUUUUAUAUUUAAGAUGAUUGUGAAAUCAUGCAAUACAAUGUAGUGUACUCUUUCUAAAGGAGCGAGGAACAGGUUAUGUUUACUGUCGGGGGAGCUCCUGACACUACGCAGGACUUCAGAGCUCCUCGGCAACCAACACAUUUCAAAGCACCCCCUUAAAAGUUAAACCAUGGCAGAGAAUGAGACAAAGCACUCUCGCCACUCUCCUCCACAAUGUCAUCGCUCAGCUCCCGCCUUCCGUUUACAUCUUCUCUUUAUUUUUUCGUAGUAUUUAAAAAAAAAAAAAGAAAAAGAAAAACAAUUGUUUUUUACAAAAUGUAAAUACUCUAUAUUUUUCUAUUGGAAGCACUUAUUAAUUGCUAAGGAAGCACUUAAAGAAGGGGGAUGGGAAGUCUUUACUGAAAUUGGUGUAUUCAAAUUUAUUUUUUUGAUAAUUUUGUUUUUGUUAUCUGUGAAAUUUAUUUUCUUGUAGGCUGCUGAAGAGGUAACCUUUUUGAUGAUAUUUAGACGUUAAUCAUUAUUGGCCUUGUUAGGGUUGCAUUAACUCCUUCAUAUAACUGAAGAGGCGCAUUUUAUCUUUACCGUGAGACUGCAGAACACAUAACAAUUCUGUAAAUUGUAGGAACUAUUUAUUAUUUUAAAGUGAAUAUUAACCGGUCCGUCAUAAGCUUUCAGCGUGAAGUUGUUGAGGUGAGAUUCCAUCAUUUUACGAAGACUGGGCUGAGGGUUUACAUCCUUACCUAACUCUCAGGUAGACAUUCUUUUGUAAUAUUUGUAGAGCUGACUACGUCCCCUCUCUUACCAUGCAUCUCCCUUGGGAAGUCGGGCGAUUGUUUGUACUUUUGCUGCAUUUCAUGGAGCCUGCCAGAGCUCAGCUGACAAGGUUUCUGUGCACCACACACUCCCUGGUGCAAGAUAAAGGGUCGUCCAACGCUUGGUAAAGUCUUCAUUGAUUUGCAAAUGUCAAAUAAGGAAACUUACUAAUGUAUGCCAAUUUUAAAACUGUAAGAAUAUCCUGAUUUUGGUCCCUGAUGGUCUGACACAGACGAAGGUGACCAGGAGCUUUCUCCCCUUCCGUUGAUUUAAUGAGAAAUAUUUAUUACCUAUCCACGUGAUAGAUGUUGAAUAUCGGAUAUUUGCAGGGGUUCUGACCACUGGGGACCUCCUUUUUGAUAUAGAUAAUGAGGGAUCCCCUCUCUAAAUGGAGCAGUAGUGCACAUGCUGAUCCACUGCUAGGGAUUGACGGUGCUGAGUCCAUCCCAUAGAAAUGGAUAAAGUAGUUGACUAACGUCCACUACUGCUCAGGGAGACCCCUUAUUCUCAAGAUUGGAACCAGCAUUUGGACUCCCUGCACUAGUUUCACCUAUUCUGUGGCUAGGUGAUAAAUACUUUUAAUACUUUAUCUAAGCCAUCCCCUUUCUCUGGCUUCUCAGGUGCAGUGGAGUACUUUUUCUGGUGUCUGAUAACCCCUUUAAUGCUCUGGCUAGUGUCGUCUGAUAGAACAGCCUAUGGUAGUAGCUGAAAGGUCUACAAGCGUUUUUCUUCAGAGGGGACAUCAUUUUACUUAGUCACUAACUUUUCACACAACUUUGCAUAAAUUAAUAGUAUAAUUGACCAUAAGAAACUUUGUAAUAUGUCUUAUCAGUGAGAAAUGUCUAGUACUCAUUAUCAGCAGUUUAGCCUUGCUAAUUGUUUUUUACUUGAAAAAAAAUUCGUAAACCUGUCCAGGACGGAUCAGCUCCACAAAAGGAUCAUGUUACACGUUACAGCUCUAUGGAUAGGGAAAGGGGAUAAGUGAGCAGUAACUGAAUGGGACAGACACACAGACUGCACAGCUAAAUAGGAAGCUUAUAUUUCAGCACAUGUGCUUUAUUCACAACCACACAGGUCAACACAGUGGUCCCUCAAUUUACAAUGUUAUUUGGUUCAAGAAUGUCUGUUGUAUGUUGAAACUGUUGUAACUUGAGUAAUUGGUACCAAAGCUCCAAAAUGUCAUCCAAGAUAAAAGAAAAUAAAGAUUUAAGAAAAAUAAGCAGAUAACUUAGCUUUCAUGCACACACCUGUUUGCGUCUGCGUCCGAGCUGCAAAAAAUGCCUAUUCACUUGUAUCGGGCCGCAAAAGCUGCGGACAGCACUCCGUGUGCAGCCCGCAUCCUUUACUCCGUUCUAUGACCCUGCAAAAAAAAAAAAAUAUAGAAUAUGUCCUGUUUUUAUCUGUUUU